AUGGAGACGCUUGUGCUCGUUUUUGGAUUCCGUGAGAAAUCGAAGCAGGUGAUCGAACUCCUUAAGGACAACGACAUGAUCCGCGAAGAGCGCGAGAAGUCUCGCAAGCUCCGGGACAAGUACGUCGGGCUUGGAAGCGGCGGCGGUUUCAGCGGCGGGGGGGGUGGGUACAGCGGGGGCGGGAGUGGGUACAGCGGGGGCGGCGGCGGGUACAACGGGGGAAACGGCAGCUCUCGAUACGGAGGGACGAUUGCGAAGGGCAAGUACUCAGACACGGCGGAGGAACCCAGCUACAGAAGCAAGGCAGCCGAGCCACAAAAGGAACCUUCUAAGCCUAAGCGCGACCGCAAGAAGUCUUCCGGCGGCGGUGGCGGUCCUAAGCUGACAAUCAAGAUCAAGGAGAAGGGCGGCGGCGGAGGGAGCUCCACCGCGAAACCGGCCGCAGCUGCCGCUAAAGCCGCCCCCGUUCCAGACCUACUAGGUGGCGAUUUCCUGACCUCCGACCCCGCUCCCGCGGCUGCUACCGCCGCCGCCGCCGCAGGCGGCGGGUUCGGGGACAUGUUUGCCGCCGCUCCCGCGAACGGCGGCGGCAGCGGCUUCGAUGGGUUCGACCCCCGCGGCGGGGGAUCUUCCGCUGCUGCGGCCCCAGCGGCCCCAACUCCGGUGGCUACUGCUGCCGCGGCGGCGGCGGCGGCUCCGGCUGGAGGUGGCGGCGUGUUCGGUCAGGAGUUCUCGGGUUUUUCUGCGGUGCCGGCGGCGGGUCAACCGCCCGGGGCGGCGGCCGGCGGCACGGGCGGGGCGGCCUUCGGAGACCCUUUCGCGGCCGCACCUGCCGUCCUACCGACGACCACCGCGAUCGGCGGCGGUGGCGCGUUCGCUGGCAAUAACGGUAACGGGGCCGUGCACGCACGUGCCCCCUCCACCGGAAACGAAGACUUUAGCGAUUUCCAGGGUAGCAGCAGCGCGCCCGGCGGCGGCGGCGGCGGGGAGACUACGGGCGCGUCCAGCGGCGGCACGGGCGCGGCAACGAAUGGCGCCGUGACUAACCCCAAGUGGAGGGACGUGUCUUCCCUUGUCGAUCUCGGAGGGCUGAGCAGUAACACGGACAAGAAGGUUGCGGAGCAGAAGGUCGUGGAGCAGACGUUCCAGUCGAACAACAACUCCUUCGCGGGCCUGGACGGGUUCAAGGCGCCCCAGCCGCAGGGCAUGGGAAUGAACCGCCCCCUGUCUGGAAUGACGGGUUUGUCGGGCGGCGCAGGGACGGGGAUGAUGAUGGGAGGAGGUAUGGGCGUCCAGCAGCCGAUGCAGCAGCCGAUGCAGCAGCCGAUGCAGAUGCAGGGGGGGUGGAUGGGCGCCCCCCAACAAGGCAUGGGCGGGGCGGGCGGGAUGGGGGCUUGGGCACAACAGCAGCAGCAACAGCAGCCGGGGCAAGGCUUCGGCAUGGGAGGAGGGAUGAUGGGAGGGAUGCAGGGAGCCGGCGCCGGCGCUGGGGGUGCAGGAAUGGGCAUGGGAGGCAUGCAGCAGCAGGGCGGUGCCGGGAUGGGAGCCAACAAGCCGGCAGCGGCAGGGGGAGCAGCAGGGGGUACGACGAUGCCCGGCGGAUUCUUCUAG